AUGAAUUCCGACAUUGCUCACUGGACCAAACAGUGUCUUGCAUGCCAGAAGAACAAGGUGCAUCGACACACCUUCUCCCCGCCAAGUACCUUUGCAGUCUCGGACGUUCGAUUUAAUCACGUUCACUUGGAUUUUAUCGGACCGUUACCCCCUUCAGGCGGGUACACACAUAUCCUGAUGGCAGUUGACCGUUUAACACGAUGGCCGAUUGCCGUUACUAUCUCGGAUACCUUGGCAGAAAAUAUCGCCAUGGUUUUUCUGACCCACUGGAUCUCAACUUUUGGUGUUCCAGCCACGCUUACCACUGACCACGGAAGUCAAUUCCAAUCUAGCCUUUUCCGUGAGUUCACUAGACUGCUCGGGUAUGCGCACAUCACAACCACGGCAUACCAUCCUGCCUCCAACGGCCUCGCUGAGCGUCUACACCGCCAAAUCAAGUCUGCACUGAUGUCCCAAACAGAGUCAGCUACUUGGAGUGUCAAUCUGCCUCUUGUGCUUUUGGGCAUCCGGUCUUCUGUCAAGGAGGACAUCCAAUGCACUGCCGCCGAACUUGUGUACGGUACACCCCUCUGUCUGCCCGGCGAAUUCGUGCAGCCUUCCACGACAAACACUAACAUCCCGAGCAUCUUCGUGCAGCAAUUGAAACAACGCAUGGCUUAA